AUGGAUCCUUUGGAUAUGAUAGAUCCUUGGGAUAUGAUAGACUUGGAUGCGGAUAGAAGGAAUAUGGUAGAGCAGUGUGCCAUUGACGUGGGUGGCAAUCAACCACCUCAGCUACAGCCUCCGCCGGAUGUAAGGGAGAUUACAGUAGCUCAGUUUUUCAGUGACACGUGUGGUUAUCCUCAGUUGGAUAUGGUUGUUGCUGAGUGUUUGCCGGAGCCUCAGCCUCAGCCUCAGCAGUUUCUCACUGACGUGUGUGGUUAUCAACCACCUUGGUCUCAGCCUCAGCCUCAGCCUCAGUCCCACCCUCAUCCUCAGCAGUUUCAGCAGUUUCUUGCUGAUUGUGGUUAUCAACUACCUGAGUCUCAGCUUCAGCUCCAACCUAUGCAACCUCAGGUCUGGACUUGGGAGGAGAACAAAGCCUUUGAGUCAGUUAUUGCCAAUUGUUUUGAGUAUGCUAAACGCAACCGCUGGGAGCUGAUUGCUGCUCGUCUCCCUGGAAAGACCCCGGCGCAACUGCAAGAACGCUUCAAGAAGCUGAUGAAGGACAUCAAUGUCAUCCAUAACGGUUAUACUUCAAACACUCCUCUGAAUACUGCAUUUGAGAACAUGACUAUGACAAUGGCUGCUCCUACCACCACAUUGGAACACAACCCUGUCUCCAUCCCCAUCAUCAAUGCAACAACAACAACCCCACCACCACCGCCUUAUAACACUGAUCAUCAACAUCACAGGGCGGAGGUAGUCGCGGCCGCAGCACCAAUGGAGGCAGCAACAAGGGAACAAAGCCAAUCUGCCAACACCAACAAUACAAAGAAAUAUUCUCGGUGGACUGAAGAUGAGCAUAGGAAUUGUACCCUAAUCCAAAGGGUUUAAUAGAUGGAGGAUUUGCUUAAAGGAGGAAGAACAUGUAAAUGUACUAAAGAUUUUUAUUUAGGUUGAAAAAUGAAAAUAUAGAAACAAUGAGGUAGGAAUACAAGACUUGUAUGUGAACAGGAACAUUCUAGAUAUAAUUGUAAUUCAU